UGGAACCAUGCACCAGUGAUGUAGCUAGUGUAUAUGGAGAAGAGGAGGGAUCCUAGAACUGAUCCCUGAGGAACCUCACUGACAGGUGAUGUGUUUUAUUUUCUAUUUUAUUUAGUAUUUUGGACGCACAAGUGAUUUUUCAAAUUGUAAAUACAUAAAAUUUUAUUUUUCAAGACAAUACUGUUUCAAGAAAGUCUGUCUGUGUAGUAGGGUAGUUGGCUAUUGGUCGGCAGGUGGCGCUACGGGCCCGCGCAUUUGAGUCGUGACCGCGCACGGCUCUCAUCUCCUCCUCCCGUCAGGUGCGGGGGGCGCGAGCGUGGCAUGUGUCGAAUAGAUUGCUAGCGUCGCGUUUCCAGCUGAGCGCGUACUCUCUCCCGGCGCGUGUGCGUGCGUGUGUAUGUUGUUAUUAUUAUCGCACUCUCCGCUGCGCGCAGAAUGGCUAGAUUCACCCAGACUGAAGCGAGGAGGCAGCAGCAUCCUCAGCAGCAUCCUCAGCCUGCCCACGCCAGCCUGCUCCUCUCUGGACCGGGGGCGGUACCGAGCCAGGCAAGGGCACCACUGCUCCUCAUCCCGCACCAGCCCCAGUACGCGCACAUCACCUUCCCCAAGCCCAUGAACGGCUCAGAGCCCAUCUCCAUCCACCCCGACAACGGCACCAUGAAAGACCAGGAUGCCAUCAAGCUCUUUAUAGGACAGAUCCCGCGCAACCUGGAGGAGAAGGACCUCAAACCUCUUUUCGAACAGUUUGGAAAGAUCCACGAACUGACUGUCCUCAAGGACCGUUAUACAGGCAUGCACAAAGGCUGCGCGUUCCUCACCUACUGUGCUCGUGAAUCAGCCAUCAAAGCCCAGAAUGCAUUGCAUGAACAGAAGACUUUACCAGGGGUAAGUCUCUUUUAA